CCCCGCCCCUGCAGCGGCUGCGUCUCCCGGCGUGCGCUCCCCUCCCACCCCGGUAGCGAGCAAGAAAGGGUUCGGAGCGGGCCAUGUCCCGCGCGGAGCCGCCGGCGGGGGAGGCUGGGGCGGGCGGGGAGGAGGUGGUGCGGAUCCGGCUGGGGGACAGGUGCUACCCGGUCUGCAAGAGGAAACUGAUCGAGCAGAGCGACUAUUUCCGCGCCCUGUUCCGCUCGGGCAUGCGGGAGGCGGGGCAGGGCCAGGAGGAGCAGCAGCUGCGCGGGGGGCUCAGCGCCCUGGGGCUGGAGCUGGUGCUGGACUUCAUCAACACCUCGGGCCUGGCCCGGCUGGAGCAGGAGGACGGGGAGCAGGAGCCCCCUCUGCUGGAGGAGCUGAUUGAGGCCGCCUCCUACCUGCAGGUCACCCCGCUGCUGCGCCUGCUCCUCUCCCAGGUGAGGCUGGGCAACUGCCUGGAGCUGCACCGCCUAGCCCAGGUCUAUGGCCUCCAGGACCUGCAGGACGCCUGCCUGGACUUCAUGGCUGCCCAUUACCAUCAGGUGCUGCGGAGGCCUGAGGCCCGUCCCCAUCUCCUCCUGCCCAGCGCCCUCCGGCAGCAGCUGAUGGAGAGGCGGAUGAAGGGCACUGCCACCCUAGUGGCUAUUGGAGACUUCAUGGGUGCCUCCUCUCUGGGCCUGGCCCCACGUCGCCACCUGCAGGAGGAAGCCCCUUGGUCCAUGCUGAGGUAUGAUGAGGUGGCCCAGAGGUGGCUUCCCUUGGCCAACAACCUGCCCCUGGAUCUCAUGAAUGUCCGAGGCUAUGGGUCGGCGAUGCUGGACAACUACCUGUUUGUCAUCGGGGGCUAUAGGAUCACCAGUCAAGAGAUAUCGGCUGCCCACUGCUAUAACCCCUGCAUAAAUGAAUGGAGUCAGAUGGCUUCAAUGAACCAAAAGAGGUCCAAUUUUAAGCUUUUGGCUGUAAACGGAAAGCUCUAUGCCAUUGGCGGUCAAUCCCUUUCCAAUGUGGAGUGUUACAGCCCAGAGCACGACUGGUGGAAUUUUGUGGCAUCUAUGCCAAACCCUCUUGCAGAAUUUUCAGCUUGUGAAUGCAAGGGCAAAAUUUAUGUUGUUGGAGGAUAUACUACAAGAGACAGGAAUAUGAACAUCUUGCAGUACUGUCCCAUCUCUGACUGUUGGACCAACUUUCAGCUGUGUGAUGUCCACAUUCGCAAACAGCAGAUGCUCUCUGUCGAGGAAACCAUCUACCUGGUAGGGGGUUGUAUUCAUGAACUGGGACCUAACCAAAAAUCCAGCCACAGUGAGGACAUGUUAACAGUACAGUCUUACAACACUGUUACCAGAGAAUGGCUCUACCUCAAGGAGAACACGUCCAAAUCAGGUCUCAACUUGACUUGUACUCUCCAUAAUGAUGGGAUCUAUAUAAUGAGCAGAGAUAUUACGCCAUCUACAAGUUUGGAACACCGGAUUUUUCUUAAGUAUAACAUAUUUUCAGACAGUUGGGAGUCACUUAGACGCUUUCCGGCCUUUGGACAAAACAUGUUGGUCUGCUCUGUAUAUUUGCCCAAUAUGAUAGAAGUGUAAUUACACCAUUUUUUCCUUUCACUUCAUCAGCCAUUUUUGGAAGAAAUAAAUUAUUUUCAUUUCUGAA